UUACUCUUCUUUUAUCUUGCCGGGAACGCAUUUCUGUUACGUGAAUGGUGAAUAGGGUUGUUCGCAUGUUUUCCACAACUAUUGUCGGAAGGAAUUAGACGCCGUCUCAACCAUUCCACGGAUAUGCCUUUGUUUUUUUCUCCGAUAUGACGUUUCUUAGUCGUUAUUACAAUUUGUCUUGGUCGAUUGAGCACAUUUCUUUCUUGAUCGACUGAGUUAUUGACCAACUAGAAUCCUAAGAAAUCCAUGCGACAGACUUGAGAGCGCGCCCAAUGGCACGCCCCCGCCUUGUCGUCUCCUCGUGAGACUUCUCGUCUCCUCUUGAAGCUUUUAGUGUGUCUUCUGAUUCAGAAAAAAUCGUUAAAAAUUUCGUCACGUUUGAACUACGUUUGGUAUAGUUUUUCUGUAAAACUGAAAACAACAGCGAGCGGAAGCCAGGCACCUUCACAAUAUGUCCACCUUCUUCUCCUCUAGUUUCGACAUCAGCAGUGAAGACACAUCUGGUUUGGGGCCAUAUGGCUCUACGGCUGGAUGUGACGCAUAGGCAUAUUGUGGGAGGUAUGAGAAGAAAGUGAGUGAGGGUUUAAGGAAUAGGUUGAGUUGGAACAGGGGCACCCUGGUGAGGGCGUGUUAGAGGAGAGGAGGUACGACCAAUGGAGAUUCUUCAUCAGGGCCAUAUUGGGCCAUCGCACCCCUGCCGCCUUUCCCCAACAACCGAUCAAAAAAUGUAAAUAUAUCUUAGUAUCUCAGCCAUAUUUGAGCAAAACAAACCAUCAUAGUUAAGAAAGACGCGCCUAAGCAAGCGCUUAAGUGCGCCUAGGCUUUAGGCGAUAGCAAAACGCCUAGCGAAUAACUACACUUAAUUUGCGUAAGACGAUGGCAAAACGCACAAUUAACGCCUAGCGGAAUGGCACCAACCUCUGCCCCUAAGGGAAGGGACACGGUUGGGUUGCUUAGGGUUUAUAUAUCAUUGUCGUGGUUGAUCUUUUGGGUCAUUUAGUGAUGGUGAAUUUUGCAUUGAUAGAUCAACAUUAGUCACCACUAACCGUUGAAUUUAUGCCCGCCAGUCGUGUCCGUACCACUGAUGGCUCAUCUGUAGCUGGACACAAAUGUUUGACUACUAAUGGUUGUUUUGUAGUAGUGACUCUUCACUAAUGCAAGCACACGGCCAAACUAGUUGUCUCUUUUUAGGGCGUGGAUCACAAGACAGGCGACAAGACAGUAGACCCAGUGGACAUUGGAUGUAGCUUGGCUUCAUGAGACCUGGGUACCACAGUUAUGUGUGUGCGAGAAGCGUCAUGGGCUUGGGUGGCAACGCCUAAGUCAAGUGGCGAGUCUCCAAUUAGACUACGACAUCGAAGCGUCGAUGCCGCCUGAUUUGAUGAGUCGGGCCAAGAGCUAGGCUUUCAGUCAUAUUCAAGGGGGGAGAAAGAUCACAAUGAUGCCUCCGAUGAAGGACAUUGAUGUUCGCAUCGGAAUCUAUCGUCAAUCCGCAAUAGCCUUUGUUUGGUCCACAUCUUCCCACGCCUAGCAAUUGCAUCGCCUCCAUUUUUGCAGAACCACCAUCCUAGAGGCCACCAUUGCUCGGGCCCAAAAAGCUCUAGAUUAGACCUACCAGCCUUGCCACCUCUCGCUCUAGUGGCCAACUCACCCACCUUACGUCCGAGAAGAAAGACAUCGUCCAUGAGCAUUGCCUAUCAAGGGAAGAAUGUGAUAGUUCGUCAACUGCGAGACGUGAUAGUUCGUCAACUGCCAGACGAGGGCACCGCCCUGGUUACCGCGCCAUUGCUGCUAGCUAGUAAGCCAUCAUAGUGGAAGAAUGGCCGUUGUUAUCCACCAUAAAGGCAGAUACUGCAAUGUCUCCCGACGAUGGCGUAGAUGCUUGGAUUUGACAUACAUACACCAUGGCGGGAGACGUCACCAUCCACCAUGAGGCUUGGAGAAGGUGGACGCGACCAGGGUUGGGAGAAAGAGUAGAGGCGACUAGCACCUGUCGGUUAUAUCGAAUCAAUUCGAGAGUCUAUUGAAGGUUUCGCCAUGGAAGUUUAUUAGAACCAUAUGAGUAUUUUCUUCUAACCGGAAAGGUUUAUGGAUCAUCUCAUUUUUGAAGAUUUUCGUAACCAUGUCGUCGUUGCAUUGCGUGUGAGAAGGGAGAAUAGAAAGGUAAAGGGAGCGGUUGGGAUGUCCACAUGGCCGAAGAGAGAGUGUGCAUAACCACCUCCCUAAACGUGCAGGUGCAGAAUGCGUUCCGAAAGGCAACCAAAUAUUUCUAGAUAAAACGUCAAAUUAUAUCAUAUAGACCGCGAGAGUAUUUCCUUCGACAUGCAACAAAAAAGAAAGAAAACAACGUCGAGUCGGUCGAGUCGCGGCUCAGCUACGGGGAGGGAGAAGACUUUAGGCUGAUAAUCUAAAGUGUAUGGAUACAAGUUAUCUUUUACUAUCACUUUGCCUUUUGGUCCCUGGUACGAUGGACACCUGGUUGCCUUGUGGUAUCCAUCAUAUUCUUAUCUUUGCGAUAGGAGCAGCCAAAUCCCUACCCGCCAAAUUCAAAUGUGCUUAGCCGCUAUUUAAGCCGUCAAAAGGGGGAUCCACGCUCUAUAAUAUCCAUAUCUCGUAUUUUAUUUUCUUCUAAGUAUCUAGAAAUAGCUCGUCUAGUAUUGAUGGAUAAAGAUGCGAACCCUUUACCGAGGAACAAGAGUGCUCCUCGCAUCCAGCUACUUUCAAAUCUCUUUAUACCAAAUCAAGUCCAAAGUCUAUUGAAGGUUUCACUUUGGAAAUUUAUUAGAACCAUUUGAGAUUUCUCUUCUAACUAGAAAGGUUUAUGGAUCAUCUGAAUUUUGAAGAUUUUCUAGUAAUCAAGAGUAUUGUUGCAUCGCGCGUGAGAAAAAAGGGAAGAUGGAAAGGUCAUGGAGCGGUUGGGACGUCCACGUGGCCGAAGACAGAGUGUGUGCACAGCCACCUUCCUGAGAAUCGUUCCCAAAGACAACCAAAUCUUCCAGAGUAGAUAAAAUGCCAAAUUAUAUCACCACGAGCAUAUUUCCUUGGACGGCAACAAAAAGAAACCACUCGACGCGACUCAGCUACGGGGAGGGAGGAGACUUGACACAGGUGCAACUGCCACAGGCGUCCUAUCAACUGUCACGGUGCCGUACGUCCUGCACUGCACUGCCCAACCUACCUACCCAACCGGCCACGGCCAACCCCCUCACCCCAACCCCGCCAAGCCAUGCUCAGACCGCGGCUUAUAACCAGGCCGCAGGCAGGCACCCACACCUCACCAGCCACGCAAGAAACUGGCCAUGCCUCCCCUCCAGCGCCACAUCACCGCCCUCCUCGUCGUCCUCUUCGCUGCCGCUUCCCAUGGCGAUCCGACGUGCCAGCUCGAGCCUUCCGUCUGCGGCGAUCUCACCGUCCGGUACCCGUUCCAUCUUUACAACGGGACAGACGAGGCGCUCACGGGGUACGGCGAGCCGCCGCAGUCGUCGUACUGCGGCUACCCCGGUCUGGCCAUCGUCUGCGACGACGACAAGCCCUUCCUCCGCCUCGGCGCCGACGACUACACCUACACGGUGUCAGACAUCAACUACACCAGCCUCACCGUGUCCCUCGCCGACGCCGACGUCGGCGUCGGCGACAGCACCUGCCCUACGGUGCGUCACAACGUGACCGUCCGGGACCCCUUCCAUCUGCCCACCUCCACCGUCGCCUACCUCUUCUUCUUCCUCAACUGCACCUUCGACCCGGACGCCGUUCUCGGCCCCAAGCCAUCGCGCAAGCCGCCGAGCAUCAAGCCGGUCACCUGCGGAGGCACCGAAGGAGAGGCCAUUGCCAUGUCCUUCGUGCUCCCGGAGCGCGAGAUCCCUCCCAAGGACUGGUGGCAGGCGUGCCGGUCAGUCUACGCGGCCCCGGUGCUCAAGGACGCGCUCCCGGCCGACGCCAAGGACCCCGGAUGGAGGGAGGACGGGUACGCCAAGGCUCUCCGCGGCGGGUUCCAGGCGGGCUGGGACCGGAGCUCCGGCCCGUGCGCCCAGUGCGAGCAAUCCGGCGGCAAGUGCGGCUACAACCGCACCGGCGGCCUCCUGGGCUGCUUCUGCGCCAAUGGCGCCCUGGCGGGCACCGCCGCCGGCUGCAGCAAGAUAUCCGACACCACCGCGCCGCUGCCCGGAUUGAAGAAGAAAAAUACAACAGGGGUUAUAGUAGGUGCAGUGGUCGGUGCUACCGCUGUCUUGCUUGCUCUUGCCGCGAUAGCCUUUUUGUUCAUUCGCAAGAGAAGGCAGAGGAAGGUGGUGAACUCGUCUUCGAAGCUCCUCAAGUACCGGUACAGCGGCUCCGGCGGGACCCCGACGCGCUCCAGGGGCGGCGACAUGGAGUCCGGCAGCUCCCAGGACAUGGGCAACCGGUUCAGCUACGAAGAGCUCGAGGAGGCCACCGAUUCCUUCAACGAGAAAAGAGAGCUCGGCGACGGCGGCUUCGGCACCGUCUACAAAGGGUACCUUGGGGACGGUCGGGUGGUGGCGGUGAAGCGGCUGUACAACAACAGCUACCGGCGCGUGGAGCAGUUCGUGAACGAGGCGGCCAUCCUGGCCCGGCUGCGGCACCCGAACCUGGUCAUGUUCUACGGCUGCACCUCCAAGGAGAGCCGCGAGCUGCUCCUGGUCUACGAGUUCGUCCAGAACGGGACGGUCGCCGACCACCUCCACGGGCCCCGCGCGGCGGAGCGCGCCCUGCCAUGGCCGCUCCGACUGAAUGUCGCCGUCGAGUCCGCGGCGGCGCUCACCUACCUCCACGCCAUCGAGCCGCCCAUCGUGCACCGCGACGUCAAGACCAACAACAUCCUCCUCGACACCGACUUCCACGUCAAGGUCGCCGACUUCGGCCUCUCCCGGCUCUUCCCGCUGGACGCCACCCACGUCUCCACCGCCCCCCAGGGCACCCCAGGGUACGUGGACCCGGAGUACCACCAGUGCUACCAGCUGACGGACAAGAGCGACGUGUACAGCUUCGGCGUGGUGCUGGUGGAGCUCAUCUCGUCCAAGCCCGCCGUGGACAUCACCCGGCAGAGGAACGAGAUCAACCUGGCCGGCAUGGCCAUCAGCAAGAUCCAGAAGUGCCAGAUCGAGGAGCUGGUGGACCUGGAGCUCGGCUUCGAGUCGGACCCGGCGACGAGGAAGAUGAUGACCAUGGUGGCGGAGCUGGCCUUCCGGUGCCUGCAGCAGAACGGCGAGAUGCGACCGCCGAUCAGGGAGGUGCUGGACGUGCUCAGGGCCAUCCAGGAUGAAUGCCUGGGCCACAAAGACGGAGGAGGCAAAGGCAAGGACUUUGUCGAGCCCUUCUCUCCCAACACCGUGCACGCUCCAUGGGACAGCAGGACUACCACCCCUAACACCAGCCAGUAGUAGAUUAGAUCAGUGUUUGCGGCCGGUCCAGUUUUUAUUUUAUCACUAGUGAGAGCUGCUCGCCGCGUAUGAGGCGAUCCGACGAUUUUUUUUCCCCUUUCCAGGUGAUGUAAAUAUGUGCUUGUUUUUUUGAACUGCUUAGAGCAGAGGCAGUACUGCACAUACAUACAUUGGAGUGGUGUGCUGAACUGGUUAUAUGUAUGAUACAUAUGAUGAUGAUUACAUAGGUUUCCUUUUACCA